AUGACAAAUCCAGUUCAGGCGGCACCAAUGGAUGCUCCUCAACAUAAUGCACGUGUUUAUAUCCUUUCAAUAGUCGCCUCCAUGGGUGCAUUUCUUUUUGGAUAUGAUUUAGCAUUCAUCGGCACAUCAAUUGAUUUGACUUCAUUCCAGAGGGAUUUCGGACUAGAAGGUGCAUCUGAGUCAGUUCAUGAUGCCUUUUCGGCAAACAUUGUGUCGCUUUUACAAGCGGGCUGUUUCUUCGGUUCUUUAGCAGCAGCACCGGUGGGAGAUAAACUAGGCCGUCGAGUAGCCCUGGCCAUUGGCGCAGUUGCUUUCAUUGUGGGAUCUAUUAUGCAAACAGCAUCCGCCGGAAACAAAGAUAUAAUGUUCGUGGGCAGAGUCAUUGGCGGCGUGGGUGUCGGCUUCGCCAGCAUGUUGGUACCUUUGUACACAGCCGAGUGCGCACCGCCACAAAUUCGAGGCCGACUCGUUGGCAUCUACGAGAUCGGCGUGCAACUCGGUACCUGUCUGGGAUUCUGGAUAAAUUUUGGUGUCGAUCGUAACAUGGCACCAACAUCUGCACAGUGGAUGACACCAUUUGCAUUGCAGCUCAUCCCAGGUGGACUUCUUCUAAUUGGAUUGAUAUUUAUGUCUGAAUCUCCGCGUUGGGUAGCAAAGACCUAUGGGAGAGCCCGAGCAAUCGAAACUCUUUCGAAUUUGCGUGGUCUUCCUGCUGACCACCAAGCUGUUCAGGAAGAGGUAAACGACAUUUUGGAUCAGCUUGAGGUCGAGCUUUCGGAUAGCCUUGGAAAUACCCGUGCUGCUUGGAAAGAGCUUAUGGAGCCUGGACUCCGGAACCGUGUCUUCAUUGGAGUAAUGAUUAUGAUCUUCUUCCAGAUGUGUGGAUCGAACGCAAUCAACUACUACUCUCCUCGAAUCUUCAAGUCGAUUGGCCUGCAGGGUACUGAAGCGACUCUGGUAUCGACUGGGAUCUACGGUAUUGUCCGCUUGGUAGCGGUCUUCAUUGCGAUGUUCUUCAUUGUCGACCGCUUUGGAAGGAAGUCGAUGUUGGUCGGUGGAAGCAUCAUGAUCGCAAUCUCAAUGUGGCUCAUUGGAGCAUUCGUCAAAGUCCAAAGCUCAACUGCAACCUCCUCGGACGGAUCUCUCAGUGGAACUUCCUACGCAGCAGCAGUCUUCAUCUUCGUCUUCGCUGUAUCUUUCUGCUUCAGCUGGGCCGGUGUUCCUUGGGUCAUUUGCUCUGAAAUUUAUCCCCUGCGCGUGCGUGGUUUGUGCAUGAGUAUCUGUGUUGCAACGCAUUGGCUAUUCAAUUUUGUCAUUGCGAGAAGCACGCCAUACAUGAUCUCAAACAUCGGUUUUGGGACAUAUUUUGUAUUCGCUGCUUGUACUACCUUGGCCGUGCCUUUUGUCUGGUUUAUGAUUCCGGAGACGAAAGGCAUGAAAUUGGAAGAAGUGGAUGCUCUUUUCGAAGGACGGGGGCUUGUUCCAAGGAUGAGAUUGGACCCAAUCGCGGAUGAAGGAAGCGAUGAGAAGGGAGUCAUCGAGCAGGUUGAAAGCGUUUAA